UUUUUGCUGAUUUGUAACAUUUUGUAAUACGGUAUUUUAUGCAAUUUCUAAGCGACGUAUUUAACAAUAUUGUCUUGUAAAGUGAAAAUUACACAGUUAGCAAUAGGGAUUUUCAUAUUUUAUAAGUAAUCGUCUUUCAGUGAAUAUUUUAGAAAUAUUUCAUAACAUAUCCGGAAGCCGCUCAAAAAUGUUGGUCUCAUUAUGUCGCAGGAAGUCCACAGUAAUGCGCUUGUCGGCAGCUCUACACACAGAGAAUGCACAGAAACCUAAGACAGCAAUAGUCAUGUUGAACAUGGGUGGACCUCAAACUGUGGAUGAGGUAGGGGAGUACUUGCAUCGUAUAAUGACAGAUCGCGAUAUGAUUCAGUUACCGGUACAGAGUAAAUUAGGUCCCUGGAUCGCGAGUAGACGGACAGAUGAAGUAAAGAAGAAAUAUAUGGAGAUUGGUGGAGGUUCACCUAUAUUGAAAUGGACUAAUACACAAGGUAGUAUGUUAACUAAAGCCCUAGACCAAAUGCUUCCUGAAUCAGCGCCUCAUAAACACUACGUCGCGUUUAGAUAUGUGCCGCCAUUCACUGAUGACACUUUUGAGCAGUUGGAGAAGGACGGUGUGGAGAGAGCAGUGAUAUUCUCACAAUACCCUCAGUACAGUUGUGCGACCACUGGCUCCAGUUUGAACGCGAUCGCUGAUUAUUAUAGAAAAAGACAAAUACCACAGAAUAUAAAGUUCAGUAUGAUUGAACGAUGGCCGACACAUCCGUUGUUAGCGAAAGUGUUUGCUGAACGGAUAAAGGAGAAAUUGCAGAAGUUUGACGCAAGUCUGAGGAACGAUGUAUUGAUUAUGUUCACAGCGCAUAGUUUACCUUUAAAAGCGGUAUCUCGUGGUGAUACUUACCCACAUGAAGUGGCGGCCACAGUUGCUGCGACUAUGAACGAAUUAAAACUACCCAACCCUCACCGACUGGUAUGGCAGUCGAAAGUAGGGCCGUUGCCAUGGUUACAGCCGUACACAGAUGAUGCUAUUAAGGCGUAUUCAAAACAAGGAAGGAAGCAUUUAAUUCUAGUACCGAUUGCAUUUGUCAAUGAACAUAUAGAGACAUUACAUGAAUUGGAUAUUGAAUAUUGCGAUGAAGUUGCUCAUGAGGCAGGUAUAAAACAGAUAGAAAGGGCGUCAGCACCUAACGACCAUCCCAUCUUCAUCGCGGCCCUGGCGGACGUGGUGGCAACACAUCUCACCACAGGGCCCAGAGUGUCAAAACAGUUCUUAUCCAGAUGUCCUCAUUGUGUAAGUGAAAGAUGCAAAUCAUCAAAGGAAUUCUUUAGGAAGUUAUGUCAGAGUUCGUUGAAAGAUCAAACAUAUGCUUAAACUAAUAACAUACCCAAGUUUUACUCGUGAAAUAGAAUAUCACUAUAUAUAAAGUCACUUCCUGCUGUUACUAUAUAUGUUUAUAUCUUUAAAACUGUGCAAAGGAUUUAAAUGCAGUUUUUUUAUAUAUAAUAUUUAUCUAUACUUCUAUACUAAUAUUAUAAAGAGGAAAGAUUUGUAUUUCUGCAUGUAUUCAAUUCAUGUUAAGAUUAUUAGACUGAUUUUAAAAUUUAUUCAAUGUUACAAAGAUAAUUUAUCUGUGAGUAACAUAGGCUAUGGUAAUAACAUUGACUAUGGCCUAGUCACCCCUUAUUAGGGUAGCCUCCGAGCCCCUCAGUGGGGCCAUAUAGUGAGCUGGUGUUAAUAACAUAGGCUAUAUUUUUUAAUUUCACACAGGGAAUGUCGCGAGCAACAGCUAGUAUGUAUAAUAUAAAUAAAUACUGAUUAUUUUUGAGUUUUCUAAUGCAAUGUAAAUUUACACAUUUUCCUAUCAAGAUUGGGCUUUUACGUAACUUUGGCAUUCAUAUAUACUUUAAAAAAGCAUAUUUUUUGGUGGAAAUUGUCAAAUAGUGUGUUUUUUUAUAUGUCUAUAAAAUGUGUCAAUUCAAUAUAAGUGAUUUAGUUUUAAAAAAUAAGACUGGUUUUGACUAUCUUUGUUUUUGUGGCGGGUUUUAAGCAUUUAAUUGUUGUUUUAAUAUAUCUGUGUAUAUU